UUCAGUUCGUCCGCAUCGCUGCUACUAAUUAGUUCGCCAAUUUAAAACGCUCGCGAAAUGUUCGUUGUUUGCCAGAGCUCUUAAUGAUAAGUACCUCCAUCGGCGUGUGAAAUUGGAUAGAGUUCUUUUUACACAAAAGUUUUUCAAAUCCAUUUGCUCACACAUUUUACCGGACUAUAUUAACGUAACAAAAUGAUAUAUGAAACAUCGUAUGAUAGUGGGCACAAACCCUUUUCCCCCGACCUGAAGAGAGGAAAGUGGGAGAAGCCCGCUGACUAUAUAUUCGCCUGCUUUGGAUUAGCCCUUAAACUGGAUAUAUUCGUGGCCUCGUAUUGGUUCUUCUUCGAUAUGGGCAUUUUUGGGAUGCUGCCGUACCUAGUUUACAUGGUGAUAUAUUUGGUUCCAAUCAUGGUCAUUCAUUCCUUCAUGGGUCAGUUCUCCAGCAGUGGGUUCAUCUCCUCCUUUCGGCUGUCACCGUUUUUUAAAGGAAUGGGAUAUGUAAGCGUUUUCCUGACCAUCGCCAUGUUGAUUUACUACAGCAUCUUUGCUGCAGUUCCUCUGCUCUUCAUGAUCAACUCCUUCCGACCUACCUUGCCAUGGAGUUGUGAAGGUUUUAAGUUGUGGAACAAUGAAUCGGCUGGAAGAAAGACAACAUGUAAUAUGACAAUCAGUGAGGAUCUUACGGAUAUCUCCGAUAACAACACGCAUUUUCACAGAAUACAGUUUCAUGUACCUUCCGUACUCUACUUUCUAAACAACUUUGAAAGCGUCCAAGGGGAAUAUUAUACAGAUUUGAGACAAGAAUCUGAGCUAUCCUGGCGAUUUGUGAGCCUCUUUUUACUAGUUUGGGCAAUGGUUGCCUUAAUUUUUUAUAAAUUCUCGGAGACGGCGAAAUUUGGGAAAUUUCUACGUUACAUGGUUAUUGGGACACUGAUUCUUCUCUUGUUGUGCUUUGGGCGCUUUCUCUUUCUUCCAGGAGCCCUUUUGGGGCUAAAGAAAUAUGUGGCGCCGAGUGUAGAGGAAAUGGCCAUGGGAAUUGGCUCCACAUUUAUAAUGGUUCUUCAUGCAUUCGGAGCAGGUUGGGGCAGUGUAAUAGCCCUGUCCAGUUUCAACGGAUUCAAGACUGACAUCAUGUCCUAUAGUUGGAUCAUUUCCUUUGGACAGAUUUUUAUUUUUACAAUGUUCGGAUUGGUUUCCUUUAUGCUGGAGCACUACUACAAUGAAGGCUUAGAAGGUUCUUUCGACUCACAAGUAUUGACCCAUUGGACUCUGUUUUUGUCCAGUGCUACCGCAUUGGCUUCUUUGGGUUGGCCGAACCUGUGGACCUUUAUAUACUAUACAAUGUUGUUGAUGGCUGCUCUUAUUGUGAUAACGACGCAAAUCUUUACUGUACUGCAAAGUUUGUUUGAUGAGUUUGAAAUACUCAGAGUGAGGAAACAAGAGGUAACCUUUGGCCUAAUUGGAGGAAUUGCAGUCUGCUCCUUUUACUUUUGCACAAAUCAUGGUAUUACUUUCUUUGCGGCCUUGGGGCUUGAUGCCAUUUUUUCACAUAGUUUGCUGCACUUAUUGCUCAUUUUGGUGGUUUUGUGGAUCUAUGGUCGUGAACGAUUCCAGCGGGAUAUUGAGUUCAUGUUGGGCCAGCCCUUUGCCUCCUGGAAGAUUUUCAUACUCCGCUUUAUAGCACCAAUAAUUUUAAUUAUGUGUCUGGUAUUAGGAAUAUUUGUGUGCUACAUGGAGCACUCUUAUACCUCACCAAUCGUCCUCGGAAUAUCUAUCGUACUAGUGAUUUUACCCAUGAUGGCCAGUCCUGGUUAUGGAAUCUACUACAUAUACCGUAGCACUGGAUCCUUUUGCGAACGCUUCAGACGCACCUGCCGACCCACCGAUUGGUAUCCAGUUGAGAUGGAGCACCGUCAGCAGUACGAGGAAGCUGUUAGCAAUACGGAUAUGACCCAACAGCUGACCGCCGUGCCAAACUGAGUUCUUCCAAGAAGAGUAACUCCUUCAUUUUGCUGAAUAAACAAUAGGGCUUUUUAAUUAUACUUAAAUGUUUUCAAAUACUAAGACAAUGUCCUGCCUAACAGCAAUUUUUCAAAUUGUAAAUGGAAAUAGCGAGUGAUUCUGAUUAAGAAUAUAUAUUACUUUACGCUUA